AUGGAGGCCCUGGAGGAGAAGGAGGAAGUGGAGCAACCACCAGAAGAUGUGAUCUCUUUGCGUAUCAGUGAUUUCCUCGAUGAGUUGGAGCUAGAUGCAGAGGAAGCCUCUGUCAUAAGCCAUGAAACUGAAUUUGACUGGAGCACCAUUGACACAUCCAACUUACCAUCUUCGUACAAGACCAAUUCCCGGCAGGAGAAGAAGCUGCUGCAGCAGGCUGACCAUUUCUUGCAGCAGUACUCUCACCUGUGCCCUGACCGCAAGCCGCUCUUCAUCCACCCACUCAACGAGUGUGGAGUGCAGAAGUUUGUGAGCACAACGGUGAGGCCAACCCUGCUGCCUUACCCAGACAUGUACUACUGGUCAGGCUGUGCCAGCUUUGUCAGUAAUUACCUCAUCAUGGAGCCCCUCAAGUGCCCAAUCACACCGCCCAGCUCACUCUAUUCCCCAACCACCAUUGUGAAGUACCAGCGAGGGAACUGCUUUGACUUCAGCGUGCUGCUGUGCUCCCUGCUGGUAGGGGCUGGCUAUGAUGCCUACUGUGUGCAUGGAUAUGCCACCCUGGAGAUGUGCUCCAUGGACCAGACCCAGGAGGUGUGCCCACGGCUCAAGAAGCCUCCAGAGGAACCAGUAAAGGAGGAUCCCAACAAGUAUAAAAUUAAGUACCCUUCAGAGCCAAAGAGCCAGUUUGAACUUCAGCAGAAGGCCAAGGAGGAGGAAGAAGCUAAACCCACACAAGAGGAGGAAAAAGAAGAGGAGGUGGUUGAGGAGGUGGAAAAGCCCAAGCGAGACUCUUUGCAUGGCCUACGGGUGCACGCCUGGGUUCUGGUUCUGUCUGGGAAGAGGAAGGUGCCCGAGACCUUCUUCAUCAACCCCUUCACAGGAAACAGCCACAGCACCAAGGAUGAGUGCUUCCUUGGCAUUGAGAGCAUCUGGAACGACAAGAACUACUGGGUGAACAUGCAGGACUGCCGCAACGGCUGCAAGGAUCUCAGCUUUGACUUGAGUAAUCAUUUCUACUGGGAAAUUAUGUUUCCAGAGAGCAACGAGGACUCUCAGUUGCCCACAGAGUCACCCAAGGACAGCACAGAUGACAUGCAAGAAAAGAAGAAAAUAGGCAGUACCUUUGAGAUGCCACUAUCAUGGGUAGAGCGAAUUAAGGUAUCUUGCCAAGAAUAUGAGAAUCCCUUUCCCCGGGGGAAGAAGGUGAUCCUGUACGACAAAGCAAAGCAGGAGAAAUGGGCGGCGUAUGCAAAUAGAGACGGGCUGGUGGAACGCCUCACUGUCUACGCAGACUCUGACCGUACUGAAGAACUGGAGGUGAAGGAAUGGUUCGAACACCGAAAAGACCUGCUGUAUAUGAGAGAAGUGAAUCAUCAAACACAGCUGAUCACAGACCAUUUUAAUCCUGGACACCCCCUCCUUCUUAAAGCUCACACCUACACAUCACUGGAACCUGAGACUGGGCACACAGUGGAGUUUUACCACAAAGCACGAGUUGAUGGCCUCUGGAAACGUUCUGAAACUGCUACAGAGAUGACAGAGUACUUCGAGGAGCGGGAGGACCUCCUGCACAAGCGGCACAUAAAGUUUGGUGAAAGAGAGCAGGGGAUGGAAAUGGCUGGCACAGCUGAGGCUAACGCCCGGCCCAUAGUGCAAAUCAGGGAGUAUUUCCACAGAAAUCCAAAAAAGCCUGCUGAUGAAGAUGUAGAGGAACGUGUCUUUAAGGUCAUAGAUGAUGUCAUCCAGCUGACCUAUCACCUGGAGAUCUAUGACAUCAUUCCCUCAAAGGUGGUUUUCGCUAGAGUAAUAGGGAGGGAGAAGAGAGAAGGUGAAGUCUUCCUGAGCAGAGAAAACACUGUCAAAUACCAGCCCUGGUCCUCAGAGAAGCACAAGAACAUGCGCUAUCUCUAUAACCUGCUGUGGGAGCUGAGGGCAGAGCAGAAGGAUCUGAAGCAGCUGGUGCGGGACUCUGAAGCAGAGAUGUUAAAUAUUUUGGCGGUCCGGGAGAACGAAGAAGCCAAUAUAAAACUGGCAGUUUCAAUAUACAGCACUGCACAGAGAGAUCAGCGUAUAGCCUCGAUUUUGGAAGCGGAGGAGAGGAGCUCCCAGAAUUCCUUGGAGAAGAAGAGUCAGCAAACGGGAGAGGAGGAUGAAUCCGUCACCCAGCACACUGCAACCAACUCCACGACGUGAAGUGGAGCCUCUGCAGGGGCUGGGAAUGACUGCCUGAGCAGGGCGGGUUUACAACUCAGCCUCCUGGCAACCUGGAACAGAAGCUACUCUGUGAAAUGCUUUGAUCCACACCCCACUGCAGUUUCCCUCUGAUUUCCCCCUUCUUGUUCUAAGAAAAAGCAGUUGGCACAAUAGAAAAAACCAUUCUUCUAAAGAGGUGCUGCUCAGGAAUCCUCACCUGGCUGGGCACCUCGGGCAUUACUGAUUUCUUCUUUCCUUUUUUGGAGUUGCCUACUGUAAACUUUUCAGUAUUAUCAGAUUUGCAGACAUUUUAAUAAAUUUACACCAUUCUGCACCUUUUCCUUUUCCCUAUUUUUUUCUAAGGCCCAUCUGCAGUUACAUCAAUUGUCUCUUCAUGAAACUCCAUCACGUUUGAGACUUGAGUUUCCGUGAAACCUUAGCCCUAAGGUCUGCUUCAGAAGGGGAAACAAACCAUGCACAGUCUUUCAGAGCUUUUCUUUUCCAAAUCUGCUCCAUAGCUGCUGGUAGCAGGAGUGGGGUUAUUUAAAAAUACUGAUUCUUUUCCAACAUAAUAAUUUAACGAAUUUACAAGUCAGUUUUUCAUAAGCAAAGGUUUUGAACUGGUGAGUUCACAAAUGUAACAUUUCUUUGACCUGAUCUAGAGCCCUGUAAUGACAAAACAUUGCCCCAUAUAACACUGUGGAUAUGAACUCAUCGAUGUUAAUUCAAUACUAGAGAAGACACCAGAAUAAAUUAAUUUAAAAAUCCUGUUACAGGCAUUAGGGACACAGCAGCUGCCAAACCAUCAGCAAAUGCAUAUUACAGAAUUAUGGAAUAGAAUAUUACAGGGUUGGAAUGGCUCUUAAAGAUCAUCUAGCCCCAAGCCCCCUGGCCAGGGGAUUUCCCUGUAGUCCUCCAAGGCCACUUGUCCUCGUAUCCACUUCUUGAAAGUUUCUUUUUCCUUUCUGAGAAAAAAAACCUCUUCUUUUCUACAGCCGUAUUUUUUUUUCUCUAUUGCUCAUCAGCUUCUUAUCCAUCCACGACGGUCUCCUGCCAUUCUUGCCCGAUUUCCCUCUUGUCGGCAUGCAUCGCUCCUGAGCUUGAAGGAUAUAAUCCUUGAAAUUCAGCCUUCAUUCUUAGGUCAUUACCAAGGAGCAGCGUCAAAUGAAUCGGAUUUUUCUCUGUUGAUGGAGCAAUUGGUUUCAAAGACUCCUAGAAAGACGCACAAGCGGCGCGACCGCCCCUCAGCCGGGCGGGAGAGGCACAGAAACCUCGCAGGAGUCCUGCUCCCACCGUGAACAGCCCAACAGGGCACGGCGGCCUCAACCAUCGGCGGGCGGUGAGCUCCGAGGCGCGGGAAAGCCCCGGCCACCCUCACGGAAGCGCCGGAGCGGCCGCAGAGCGGGAGCAGCCCGGCC